GUCGUGCACGUGCAUUGAUUACUGAUCAGUGAUCUAAACUGUCAACUACAUUCUGUGAAAAAAAAAAGACAGAAAAACCAUUUUUGUGACAGAAAACUUUAACGUAAUUGAGAAGGUCGACCUAACUAAUGUUAAUUAGUGUAAAAGCAACGGUGUGAAUAGAACACAGUGAAACGUUUUAAAAAUGGUUAAUUUUGAUCUUAAACUGGCACUUAAAAUGAAAAGCCGCCGUGAGUAUCAUUUAGAAAUGGCUGAAACGGACAAUAAUUUAAGCAAUGUAGAGAAAAGUAGUAACCCUAGAACGAGCACAUGUGGAAGCGCCAUAAAGCUCAAAAGAGAGCUGGGACUCUUCUCAGCCGUCAACCUUAUUCUAGGAGUUAUGAUCGGUUCUGGGAUAUUCGUGUCUCCAGCGACAGCUCUACAAUACUCCGGUUCCGUUGGGCUAUGUCUUAUUGUGUGGACAGUAUCCGGUGUUAUAUCAUUACUAGGUGCGUUGUCGUUUGCUGAAUUGGGUACAGUGCUAGGAAAAUCGGGCGCUGAGUAUUCGUAUUUUAAAGAAGCAUUUGGAAAAACACAUAAAUAUUGGGGACCACUGCCAUCAUUUAUAUGUGCCUGGAUAUAUGUUAUGAUUCUAAGGCCAGCUGAGGUGGCUAUUAUUGUAAUGACCUUUGCUGAAUAUGCAAUUCAACCUUUUACGACUGAUAUACAACAAGAUUAUAAAAAUACGGCGAUAAAGUUAGCCUCUCUUGCUGCAUUAUUUAUUAUGACAUACAUCAAUAUAACAAGUGUAAAGCUGUUUGUUAAAGUUCAAAAUGUGUUUGGUGUGUGCAAAGUGUUUGCAUGCCUUAUUGUGAUUGGAGGCGGCAUUUAUGAAUUAGCUAAAGGAAAUACUGAAAAUUUAAAUAAAGGUUUUGAAGGAAGUACUACCAGUGCUGGGGGGAUUGCUCUAGCAUUAUAUUCUGGUCUCUGGGCGUAUGAUGGCUGGAACAGUGUGACAGUGGUCACAGAAGAAAUUAUCAAUCCUGGCAUAAACGUCCCACUUAGUAUAUUGAUAGCAGUGCCAAUGAUAACUGGUCUCUAUGUUUUCAUGAAUGUGGCAUACAUGUCAGUACUGAGUUAUGCUGAAAUGACCUCAGUGCCUGCAGUGGCAGUGGCGUUCGGCACUAGGGUCCUUGGGCCUGCUAGUUUUUUGAUACCUCUUGGAGUAGCUAUAGCCACAUUUGGAUGUGCAAUGAGUGUACAGUUUGGUGUUACCAGGGUAUGCUACACAGCAGCCAGAGGUGGACACAUGUUAGAAGUAUUUUCAUAUGUCAAUGUAAAAAGACUGACACCAGCCCCUGCGGUGGCUUUUCAAGCCUUACUGACGUCAAUUUUCAUAAUUGUUGGCAAUAUAAAGACACUAAUUGAAUUCGCCAGUUGGUUUUUGUGGUUUUUCUAUGGAUUGGCCAUGGUUGCAUUGCUGGUGUUGCGGAAAACACAAGCUGAUAAGCCCAGACCUUACAGGGUGCCCACAAUCGUGCCAUGUUUUGUAUUACUAGUGGCAAUAUUUCUGUCCAUAUUGCCUAUAGUGCAUGAUCCUUCUAUCAAAUAUUUGAUAGCAAUAGGAUUCAUUGUCAUGGGGAUGGCUGUGUAUACUAUAUUUGUGUACCACAAUAACUCACCUACCAGAUUACUUAAUAAAAUUACAUUCCUGACGCAAGUUCUUUUUGAAAGUGUGCCUCCUAGCAAUCGAGAAGACUGAUUUUAUGAUACUACAUAAAUGUAAAUACUAUAUUUUAUAAUUUUAAUAUAAGCUAAAUUAAGUGUC